GCAGUUGAAACCAUCCAGUCGACUAGUAGUCAACACUCCAACACAUUUUCAUUUGGAAAUGAAGGUUCAACAUCUUAUCACCCUUGCUUUGAUCUGGUUCAUGGUGUUUGGUCUCAGCCGCUGCCAAGAGCAAUCCAUCCCCGAGAUAAAGGCAGAAAUUGUCGACAUUUCCAGUUUAGACGUCAAAGAUCUCCCGGCAGCGUCACCCGAUAACAAGGUCUUGCCUCCAACAAUGACCGCACGGCCUUAUCCUUUGAAUUUGAACCGCCCGCUUCCGCUUCCAGCUCUGGUUGCCUCCACAGUGCCGAAGGAAACUUCGGACACUGUGAAAUUUGCCGUGACAAUCCCGCCAGCCAAAAAAGACCCGCUAGCUGAAAAUAAUUUCAAAACCCCACAUCGCCCAGCUAAACCAGUUGUACUCACACUUGAGCACGUCACAAUAAAAACACCCACUCGAGUUCCAUUUUCCGGAUCAUCUUCAUAUGGGCAUAUGAAGGAGGGAGAAGAAAGCAUUUAAAUAAAUGCAAAAGCAAACAUGUUCUCGAGUGUGAUAUCUUCAAUUCAUGUAUUGUAAGUUAUAUCCUGGUGUUGUCACUAUUUUAAAGAAGAUAGCAAAUAAUAAACUGGUGCGAUGAUG